AUGCACUACUCUGUUUCAAAAUCUCGUCUUGCCAUCUGGCUGUUUUGGGCUUCUUCCUCCGCAGCUUGGGCACAGACAAUCCAGAACAUUCUCUGGAAUGUUCCAGAUGGAAAGCUAUCGGACUUAUCGCAGACUUUUACAGCCGGAACCACCUUACCAUUAUCAUGGAAUGCACUUGUUACAACCGCUAAUAUUGAUACAACGGAAAACCUCGUCGAUCUAUGGGCUACUUCAUAUGAUACCAACCUGAAUCCAUUUAGUCAACCUGUGACACAGAACAUUAAUUUGACCUCUCCGGGGAAUUAUGCUUGGACCAUUGCAAUUCCAGACAAGACCUUAGCCAUUAGUGCCAAAUAUGUUUUACGAUUCAAACCAGCAUCUUCGACAUACGAUAUAAAUACCGGGAAGUUGUCAAGUCCUGGAUUUAUUGUUCUAAGAGGCGCUUUGUCGACGUUCUCUACGUCAAGUUCAUCGACAUCUGCCGUAACUACGUCCAGUCCUUUGUUAUCUUCAAGUCAGUCGAGGUCAAUAGCCGGUCCAAGUACAUAUUUGCCUUCUCAGACACCUACCACAAACCAGUCUUCCACUUCUGGAGGCUUGGAUAGCGGCGCAAAGGUUGGCGUUGGUAUUGGGGUUGCAGUUGCGGUGCUUGGAAUAUUUGUAAUUAUUUACUUCUUCUUCACCCGGAGGCAAGGGAGGGACGCGACACCUACGGAAGCAAUUAUGCCAAUUGGUACACAAGAGAACUACAAGGUCGGGUAUACCACCUCUCCCGCGGAAUUGCCUGGGGCCCGGCAUGUGGCAGAGCAUGCCACAGAGCUGCCAACAUGA